AUGUCGGUCUCGAAGACGGUGUCGACGAGCGCCGCGAAGACGGAGAUAGGCAUGCAUGUGUUUCGCAUCGUCGGGUACAGCCAGCACCCUCGCCGUCACGAGGAUUCUCCCAUAGUGUCCGGCAGUUUCUCCGUCGGCGGCCAUGACUGGGCCAUGCUUAUUGUGGCUGAUGGGUUAAACAACGAAGACCACACUGAUUGCAUCCCGAUUUCGCUCAUGCUCUUGAACCCUGUUGCCGCGGGGGUACUGGCGUCCUGGGAGGUGAGGUUGGUCAACCAGAGCACUGGGUUAUCCUUCACGGUGCACAAGGAGACACCGAAGGUAUUCGAUGGUGAUGAUAACAUGGUAGCUGUUUGCUGGAUAAAAAGGAGCCUGUUAGAAUCGCCAGCAUACCUCCAGAAUGAUCGCCUCACAGUCGAGUGCAUUGUCACUGUUAUAAAAAAACCAAGGGUAUCUAAAGCCAAAUCAUUUCCCAGAAUCGGCGUGCCACCAUCCAACAUGGCUGAGCAUUUUGGUAGUCUGUUGGAAACAGACGUGGGAGUGGAUGCAACUUUCAUUGUGGGUGCUGAGGCUUUCACGGUACACAAGAUUGUCCUUGCCGCACGGUCGUCUGUAUUCAAAGCUGAGCUCUACGGGCCUAUGAAAGAGGAAGGAAUGGGGCCUAUAACCAUCAAAGAUAUGCAACCAGAUGUUUUCAGGACCUUGCUGCAUUUCGUCUAUACUGACUCUUUGCCUCCCUUGGAUGAUCUUGAGGCAGAUGAUCAUAGUGAAAUGAUCCGUCACUUGCUUGUGGCUGCGGAUCGAUAUGCCAUUGAGAGGCUAAAGCUCAUUUGCCAAAGCAUUCUUUGUGAAAAUCUUAAUGUGCAGACUGUGGCAACAACUCUGGCUUUAGCUGACCAACAUAAUUGUGACUUGCUGAAGAAUGCUUGCAUUGAUUUUAUCACCUGUUCAAAUGAGAUGGAUGAUUUGUUGUCAACUCAAGGUUACAAGAAUCUGAAAAGAACCUGUCCUGCUGUUGUAAUGGAUGCACUUGAGAAGAGAAGCAAGUUCCGUAAGGCGUGA